AUGGCGCUGUGGGCACAGAGAAUGCGGGUGGUGACCUGCAGCCUGUGCACCACCUCAGCGCCUGAUGCACCCUGCCUGCUGCGGGCCUGGGUUCUUAAGGUGGGCACUGUCCAGACACUGUGCACAGGCUCCAUUCUGCUCUUGGUGCAUAAGUUCUCAGAGAAACAUGAAUGGGUAACAACAGAAAAUUGUAUUGGAAGAGUGGGAAUCAGCAAUUUUGCACAGGAAGCUUGGGAAGAUAUUUACUGUAGUUUGCCUGAAGUUGGGACACAAUUGAACAAACAAGAUGAGCUUGGUGCUUUACAAAGUGUGAAAGCUGCUAGUGAACUGUAUUCCCCUCUAUCAGGAGAAGUAACUGAAAUUAAUGAAGCCCUUGCAGAAAACUCAGGAGUUGUCGACAGAUCUUGUUACGAAGAUGGUUGA